UCGGUUACUUCUUAAAGGGUAAAACGGAGAUUGAAAGCUCCGCCCAAGGUUUAAGCUCCUGGAACCGAGUCCUUUCCCAGUGGGACCAAGGAUGCGCGUCCACCAACCCAGGGUGCCAGGACCCCAAGCUGGAGGACCCGUGAGGCGGGGCGUUGGCGCUGAGGCCCCGCCCCCACUAGGCCCCGCCCCCACCGGUGCUGCCAUAGAAACCCAGACAUGGCUGCCGCCGGCCCUGGAGAAGGGCGUUUGACACAGCCGGCGGCAGCCCGCUCCAAGUCACGGUCAAUUUUGCCGUGUCAAGCAGCUCCCAAUGGAGGGAAGCCUAAGAAGUGUCUGGUCUAUCCUCAUCCCCCGAAGAGCUCCCGCCUGUCUCGGUCGGUUCUGCGCUGGCUCCAGGGCCUCGAUCUCACCUUCUUCCCCAGGAACAUCAGCAGGGAUUUUUCAAAUGGCUUCCUGAUAGCAGAAAUAUUCACUACAUAUUACCCCUGGGACCUUAAAUUGUCAUCCUUUGAAAAUGGAACUUCUUUAAAAGUCAAGUUGGAUAACUGGGCACAGUUGGAAAAGUUCCUGGCAAGAAAAAAACUUAAAUUACCUGAAGAACUAAUCCACGGAACAAUUCACUGUAAAGCUGGAGUACCUGAAAUACUGAUACAGGAGGUGUACACCUUGUUAACACAUCGAGAAAUUAAAAGUAUCCAGGAUGACCUCGUGAAUUUCACAGACUACAGUUACCAGAUGCAGUUGCCCCUGGUCCCUAGGUCAACAGCUUCAAAGUCUAUUAAAGAUAACAUUAGGCUAUCAGAACUAAUAGGCAAUCCCAGCAAACUUAACAAUGAACUUAAAGUAGAGUUCCUCUUCCUUUUACAAAUGUUGCAAAGGAAAUUGAGCAGAAAACUGAACCCAAAAUGGUUUGCAGUCAAACCAACAGUGGGAGAAUCUACUCUUGAUCACCGUCCUGCCAAAGCCUCUGGGAACAAAAGCAAUUCAGUCAUUUCAAAGGAAAGAGCCGCUCCUGUGUCUUGUGGUGCAAGCAUGAGCGCGUCGAGGGCUAAGAACCAGUCAAAACAGGGGAAACCCCCAAGCCAGGGUGCCCCCACCUUCUUCCAAACGAGCAAUCCCAGUCCUGAUUUCUACUUUAAAAAGAAACUUUCAAGACUUACAGCCUAUUGUAGAUCGUUGGACUCUCUCAACCGAUGCACAACAGGAAUUAAUAAAUGGUGUGGACCUGACUUUGGUAAUAGUGUCAAUCCACCUAAAGAAACUGAGGUUAAGCAAACUGGAGAACAUUCUUUUGACGGUAUGAAGCCUCCCAGAAAUGUGGAAAAGGAACCCGAAGAAGCACCUGUCUAAUGGCUUUGAAGAAGUGAUGUUACCACCUCUUGCCACCCUAAUAGGAUACAAUCAUCUACACUUGGAUAUAUUUCAAUAUUAAAUUAAAGUGUGUCUUAUCCAUAGUUGGGCUGAAGAACAUAUUUUUUAAAAAUUCAAUUCAACAACCAUUUAUUCAACACCUGUGCCUGCCUGGUACUAUUGAAAACACAAAAUCGGUUUAUUAGUAUGCAUGUUUAUGCUUAGUCCCUCAGUCAUGUCUGACUCUUUGCAACCCCACGGACCGUAGCCUGCCAGGCUCCUCUGUCCACAGGAUUCUCCAGGCAAGAAUACUGGAGUGGGUUGCCAUUUCCUUCUCCAGGGAAUCCUCCCGAUCCAGCGAUUAAACCCGCAUAUCCUGCGCUCCUGCAAUGGCAGGAAGAUUCUUUACCAAGAAGCCACCUGGGAAGCCCCUUCGUUAGUCCAGAAUGAGCAAAAAUAAGUUUAAAGGUACAGUUAAAUAUAAUUCACCCUGAUGAGUAAGAAUUCUCUCAUAACUUUUGUAGGAAUUAUAAAUCUACUUUGUAAUAUUUUCCUCACUAGCAAAGAGUUACCCUACU